CACGCACAAACCCAGCUUCUUGGGCCCGGCCUGCAGCUAUGCCUGAGGAGGCUGGGUCGCCCUACAACCACUGGGCUUCUGUGAGGGUUCGGAACACCUUCCUGGACGUGCAGGUGGACGAGCAGGAAGUGAGCAUUCGGAGGAGCAACUCGCUCCCCAGCAACUACAGCAGCAAGGACAGCGAAUCCAGCUACAGGAGCAGGGAGAAGCCAGUUACGCCGCGCGGCAUGGAACGGCCUUCGGCAGGUUUGGAUUUGGCGCACACAUCGUUUCAGGCGGCAGGUUUGCUGGAGCGGGACCAGGGGUCCAAGGAGAAGGACGGGGCUGUCACCAACCCCUGGCUCUCAGCGGCGCAGGUCAUGGUGCGCAAGGAGCUUGACGGAGAGAUUAUUGACGACGAGACGGAGGAGCAGUUCUUGGAACGUGUCGGCCUCACAGCAGAGCAGAUGCUCGCGGAUGCCCUGCAAGAGCCAGACCAUUGGUCGCUCAGGGAUCGGCCCACAGCUGAGCCACGGUCCCACCCUGCCACUUGUGUUCCCUGCUAUUUCCAUCUCAAUGACCAGUGCCUCUUCGGGAACAAGUGCGGGGCUUGCCACGACAACAGCCACAACAACUACCGCACCAUGAGGCGUUUCACCCGAUCUUCAAAGAUUAGGCUCUGAGCAAAUCCCGGCUGCCCAGGCUUCAGGUUGCCCGGUGAAGGUUGGCCAGGCGCCGGCGCCCAUAAAUGAACAGCGCGACCGAGGCUCGAGUUGGGCUACCUUGGGC